GCGCAUGCGCGGCUUUCAUUGCCAGGGAAGGCAGACUCGCUGCCUCGCAGAGCCCUGGCUUCUCUAGAGUCUUCUAGGAGUUCUGCGCUGGGCACUGGACACUCAGAAGACAGAAGAAUGUAUCAGACGCCCUGCAACAGGAUCUAAGGAUAAUUUUGUGCCACCAUGUUAGUGCUGGGAACCAAGCCCAGGUCUUCUGCAAGAGCAGCUGUAGUGACCUAUGAGGAUGUCCAUGUAAGCUUCACUCAUGAUGAGUGGGCUUUGCUGGAUCCCUCCCAGAAGAGUCUCUACAAAGAUGUGAUGCUGGAAACUUACUGGAACCUCACAGCUAUAGGUAUAACAUCGGUCACUCUGUAUACAAGCCUUGUGAGCAUAAUGGAUGUGGAAAGAAGCAGUGUACCUUUAAACAUAAUCGUUUUCUUCAAGCAUAUGAAAGAAUCCACACUGAAGAGAAGCCCUAUAAAUAUAGUCAGUGCAGUAAAGCCUUUGCAAAUUUCAGUAGUCUUAGAAUACAUGAAAAAAUUCAUACUAGAGAGAAACCCUAUGAAUGUAAUCAAUGUGGUAAAGCCUUUGCAAGUUGCAAAUAUCUUACAAUACAUAAAAGAACUCAUAAUAGAGAAAAGCUCCAUGAAUGUAAUGAAUGUGGUAAAUCCUUUACAAGUCGCAGUUAUCUUCCAAUCCAUAAAAGAAUUCAUACGGGUGAGAAACCCUAUAAUUGCAGUGACUGUGGGAAAGCCUUUGCAUAUAAUAAUUGUCUUCAAUUACAUAAAAAAACUCAUACAGGAGAGAAACCCUAUAAUUGCAAUGAAUGUGGUAAAGCAUUUCCACAUCACGGUUCUCUUCAAAAGCACAAAAGGUCUCAUACGGGAGAGAAACCCUAUUUUUGUAAUGAAUGUGGUAAAGCAUUUGCACACCGAGGUUCUCUUCAAACACACAGAAGAACUCAUACGGGAGAGAAACCUUAUAAUUGCAAUGAAUGUGGUAAAGCAUUAUCAACUCGCCGUCUUCUUCAGGUACAUGAAAUAAUGCAUAUGGGGGAGAAACCAUAUGUCUGUGAUCAAUGUGGUAAAGCCUUUGCUAGUCACAGUAAUCUUCAAGUACAUGAAAUAACUCACACUGGAAGGAAGCCCUAUGAAUGUAAUCAGUGCGGUAAAGCCUUUGCAUUUCGCAG